GGCCCGGAGCGCGCCGCCUCUUCCGCCGCCGCUCCGGAGAGCCGGUUCCUUAGCUCCAGCCCUGGCCCGGGUCGCCCGUGCUCUGGAGCGCAGCGGCAGCUGACCGCGCAUUCACGAUCUGCUGAGACCCGCAAGCCCCGCCGCCGUUAUGAACAUCCGCAAUGCUAGGUCACCGCAGCCCGGGACUCACUGCGGGCCCCUGUGCCCCCUACAGCCCGAGGACCUGAUGAACAUGCAGCACUGCAACCUCCUCUGCCUGCCCGAGAACUACCAGAUGAAGUAUUACUUCUACCACGGUCUCUCCUGGCCCCAGCUCUCUUACAUUGCUGAGGACGAGAACGGGAAGAUUGUGGGCUACGUCCUGGCCAAAAUGGAAGAGGACCCAGAUGAUGUGCCCCACGGACAUAUCACAUCGCUGGCUGUUAAGCGUUCGCAUCGGCGCCUUGGCCUGGCGCAGAAGCUGAUGGACCAGGCCUCUCGAGCCAUGAUCGAGAACUUCAAUGCCAAAUACGUCUCCCUCCAUGUCAGGAAGAGUAACCGGGCCGCCCUGCACCUCUAUUCCAACACCCUCAACUUUCAGAUCAGCGAAGUGGAGCCCAAAUACUAUGCAGAUGGAGAAGAUGCAUACGCAAUGAAGCGGGACCUCACUCAGAUGGCUGAUGAGCUGCGGCGGCACCUCGAGCUGAAAGAAAAGGGCAGACACGUGGGUGCUGUGGAGAACAAGGCAGAGAGCAAAGGCAACGCGCUUCCAGGCUCGGGAGAAGGCUGUCGCGAAGAGAAGGGCCUGGCUGCCGAGGAUAGCGGAGGGGACAGCAAGGACCUCAGCGAGGUCAGCGAGACUACAGAGAGCACAGACGUGAAGGACAGCUCAGAGGCUUCCGACUCGGCCUCCUAGAGCCUGUUCACCCCAUCCUCCCUCAUGAGCUUUCACAAUAAACUUCACCCUAUGGCAUUGGGGAA